GCUUAUCUGCUGCUGCUGCUGCUGCAGCUGAGACACCGAUUCGUGGUAGUUGCAAAAUUCUGGACAAGUUUUGUUUGCUUGUCUCUACUGAGAUUACUCACCAGCAACCCGUGACACUCACUCUCCCCCACAAACACACAACCAAAUGCCCAGAUGCGAUCGGCAUACAGUCAACCAGCCAGCUAGUCAGUCAGGCAGUCAGUCAAUCGGUCAGAAUUCAUGCUGCGGCCACUAGUCGAGUCGUUCCCGUACUGCUUUCAAUCAAUUGAAAAUCCGAGUUUAUUUUUCGAGCUGCGCUCUGGCACAGCAGCAGCAGCAGCAGCAGCAGCAGCAGCACUCGCGCGAUCCCACUCCGGCCGGCGGAGAAAUGAAAUUCGUUGAAAAAAGUUCUUUACUCAGUGCGAAAUUAGUUUCCAGAACGAAAGCAGCGCGUUUUGUGGUCGUAUCAAAGCGUAUCGAAGCGUAAUUGGGCAAUGAAUUAAACCCUAAUUAAGGCAAGGCAACCAGCAAGAUGCAAACCACCAGCAGCAGCCUCAAAGGCAGCACAAACUCCCAAAAUAGUUCGCUGCAGUACAGCAGCGACAUCAAUGCCAUCAGCCUCGAACUAGCCGAACAUUCGGAGGACUUUCAGUCUGUCACCGGAUUCAAGUAUUUGCCCGCGUGGCCAGCAGUUAAUUUACAAUUUGCGGGACUAAAUUGUGAAGUUACGGACAAGUGCAACGCCCAAAAUACGAAAAAGAUUUUGCGCGAAGUGAAUGGAGAAUUUCGCUCCCAUGAACUGACGGCGAUUAUGGGACCUUCAGGAGCGGGCAAGACGACGCUGUUGAAUCUGCUGGCGGGAUUUGGUUCUGUCAGCAAUGUGGGUGAGAUUUUAGUCAACAAUAGCCCCAGGGAUAUGCGAGUCUUUCGGAAAAUGUCUCGAUAUAUAAUGCAGACAGAUGUUCUUGAUCCGCAAUUUACUGUGCUCGAAAUGAUGCUCCUGGCCGCACAUCUGAAGUUGGGAACGGAUCUGAACUUAAAGCAAAAGCUGGAAGUGAUCGAUGAAAUUUUGGGUAUGCUGCGCCUGAAAAGAUCAGAAAACACAAAGGCCUUACGGCUGUCGGGAGGUGAACGAAAGCGCUUGUGCGUGGCCCUUGAGCUGGUCAAUAAUCCACCUGUACUCUUCCUGGAUGAGCCCACAACCGGUCUGGACGAUCUGUCUAGCUCUCAGUGCAUGUCGCUCUUGAAGCUGUUGGCGGCUGGCGGGCGCACUGUAAUCUGCUCAAUCCAUACCCCAUCCGCCAAGAUCUUUGAGAUGAUUGACACGGUGUACGUGCUGGCCGAAGGGCAGUGCGUCUAUCAGGGAAGUGGCAGCAACAUUGUGCCCUACAUGCAACACUUGGGGUUGAGCUGCCCCGUCACAUACAAUCCGGCUGACUUCAUCAUUGAGGUGGCCUGCCACGAGUAUGGCGAUGCGUACCAAAAGCCAAUGGUGGAGGCCAUUGCCAAUGGCAAGGUCACGCGUUGGACUCCGCCAGGGGACGAUGGCAAGGUGACACCCACGAAAACCGACACAACAUCCGGCGCAUCGUCCUUCUACGAGAUGGAGCAGUUCGAUGAGGAAAUUAAUCCAAAGCUGUUGCAGGCAAAAUCUAGCUGGUGGAUGCAGUACAAGCUGCUGCUGUGCCGAAUGUUGCUGCAAAUGUGGCGGGACAAAUCACACAUCAAGCUAAAGUUCUACAUGAACAUAGUGCUGGCACUCAUUGUGGGAGGCCUUUAUGUGGGAGUGGGCCGCCUGGCAUCCAAGGCGCUGUUCAACUUUGGAUUUAUGUUCACCAUUGUCAUAGCUUACUUGUACCUGCCCAUGAUGCCGGUGCUGCUCUACUUUCCAUCGGAAAUAAAUCUAUUGAAGCGGGAAUACUUCAACCAAUGGUACCGCCUGAGCUCCUACUAUGCUGCAAUGAUUUCUGCCAAAUUGCCAUCGAUGUUCGUUCUGGCUGUUAUUUAUUUAUCAAUUGUGUACUUAAUGUCCAGCCAGCCGCUGGAGUGGUUCCGCUUCAUUAUGCUCUUCACGAUAGCCUUUCUGACGGCCCUAACUUCGGACAGUUUUGGCUUGCUGAUUUCCAGUCGACUAAGCCUGGUGAAUGGCAUGUUCAUGGGCCCAGUGUUGGCAGUGCCGCUGAUCCUGCUAUCCAUAUAUGGCAUUGGCUAUGGCAAAGAUACAUACAUAUCGCCCAUCAUGCGAUUCCUGAUGUCUCUCAGCUAUUUGCGCCACGGCAUGGAGGGGCUAGUGGCAGCGCUCUACGACUACGGCAGGGGCGACACAAUCUGCGAAGACACCGAAAUGUUUUGCAUGUUCAAAAAAUCAGAGUUCUUGUUGAUCUUUUUGGGCUUCGAGAACAUGCACUAUCUGUGGUCCGUCUUUUGCUUGAUUGGAUUUUAUUUACUCUUUACCAUCUCGGCGUAUGUCAUGAUACGACAGCGCCUGAAGAAAUCGUCGUCCAAUCAAACGUUCGCCUACGUCCUUCAGCUGUUGACUAAAUACUUUAAUUUUACAUCAUAUAAUUACUAAGUCUGAAUUACCAAGGAAAAGGUUGGUGCUGGUAACCCAAAAACAAACUUUAAUGUCAGAAUGCCAUACGUUAGUUGUUGCGCCAUGCUGUGACAAAUUUGAAUACAAUUAUAGAUAAUAGUACGGCCGAGCUGUUGAGUGAUAUACAGGAUACAUCCAAAUAGGCAUAAAUUAAAAGUAAAAUAUUUUAGAU